AUGACUCAGGGUCUGACAUCCAGUUUUGAGGGCAGCGAAGAGGACUCAGUGUUGACACGUGUAGACCAGGACAGUCUGACCGCCACACUUACACCUAGUCCCAGUGAUGGCACACCUUCUCCUGGUGAUGGCACACCUAGUCAUAGCCUACCUAGACCCAGUGAUGGCACACAUUGUCCCGGUCAUGGCAAACCUAGUCCCGGUGAUAGCACACCUAGUCCUAGUGAUGGCACCCCUUGUCACGGUGAUAGUACACUUAGUCCCGGUGAUGGCACACCUUCUCCUGGUGAUGGCACACCUAGUCAUAGCAUUCCUAGACCCAGUGAUGGCACACCUAGUCCCGGUGAUGGCACACCUUCUCCUGGUGAUGGCACACCUAGUCAUAGCAUUCCUAGACCCAGUGAUGGCACACCUAGUCCCGGUGAUGGCACACAUAGUCCCGGUCAUGGCAAACCUAGUCCCGGUGAUAGCACACCUAGUCCCGGUGAUGGCACACCUUGUCCUAGUGAUGGCACCCCUAGUCACGAUAAUAGUACACCUAGUCCCGGUGAUGGCAGACCUAUUCCCGGUGAUGGCACACCUAGUCCCAGUCAUGGCACACCUAGUCCCGGUGAUAGUACACCUAGUCCCAGUCAUGGCACACCUAGUCCCAGUGAUAGUACACCUAGUCCCAGUGAUUGCACACCUAGUCCCACUGAUGGUACACCAAGUCCCAUUGAUUGCACACCUAGUCCCAGUCAUGGCAAACCUAGUCCCAGCCAUGGCAAACCUAGUCCCAGCCAUGGCAAACCUAGUCCUAGUGAUGGCACACCUAGUCCUAGUGAUGGCACUCCUAGUCCUAGUGAUAGCACUCCUAGUCCUGGUGAUGGCACACUUAGUCAGUAA